UGUUUAAGCGACAUUGUUAUGUAAUGGCGUCAAAAGUAAAAGUUACACGAUUAGAAUCCGAAAUCGACAGAUGCAGAGUAGAAUGCAACUGGAAGAAAUCUGUGGAGCUUGCAAAGCAGUUAACAGUCAAGUCAACGGACUUAGCCUCUACAGUCACAUUUCUUCAGGGGGAGAUGGCACUGGAAGAAUACAUAGAAAGUCAUGACCCAACAAAUGAGGACAACAUUCUCGAGGCUAGAGGGUCACUGCAGGAGGCCUACGAGUGCCUGUCCAAAAUUUCUCAAGGGAAUUCAAGGUUUCAAGAACAAGCAUCGUUGCUUUUGGCAAAGAUCCAGUUCUGUCAAGGUUUCUAUCAAGUUGCAUUAGCGUCUCUAGAAAAAGUAGAUUUGGCUGCUGUUGCUCUGAGAGAAAGCGAGGGGAGCUCUCUCAGAAAUACCAGACUCCUCUAUAUUGUGGCUGAAUCAUAUGCUAUAAAAGGAAAAUCCUUGGACAAGACAAAGGGAAACUUAAAGACCAAAUACAAACUUGCGGAGCGAGAAGAUGAGAUCGUCACCUGCUAUGAAAUUUCAGGAGAUCUGGCUUUGCUUUGUCUGCAGCAACGAGAAAAGCGCCAAAGUCAGCCCUGUGACUCAAAUUUUGUCAUCACCUCACUUGUUGAGAUGGCUUUGUCACAAGUGCCCCUCAUGCAUCUGAAAAGCAGGGAUGUUGACAAAAGCAUUCAGCGUUACAGGGAAAUGUUACGAGCUGUUGAAUCAAGAUUUACUCAGGACAUAAGAAAGCACCUUGCCCUGGAGCUGGCUCAGCUGCUCCUGCGCUCGUGCAGCAUGAAUUCCUACAAACCGAUAGAUCUGCUGGCCAAGAACCAGAACGCAAAGGGACCAAAACCAUUCGUGCGUUCGUCAGACAAGGCCUCAGGAAGCUGGCGUCGUCAUCUGAGCAGCAGACUCUUUGUUCCUCAGACUCUUGAUGAGGAGGUUCUACUUUUGUUGCUUAUUGCUGAAGCUGUGGGCACGAGAGAAGCAGUGUUGGAGAGGAAUAAGGAGACGCAUGAGAUGACACUGACCAGCGUGACAGCAAUCUACGACUUGUUAGCCUUAACCCUAGUGAGGCGAGCUCAGUUCCUUAGGCUCACAGAGUCCUUUGAAAAAGCCAUGAGAUUUUCCUUUGAGGAAUUUCACAUAUGGUACCAAUAUGCCAACUCACUAAUUUCUUCCCACAAGCAUGCUCAUGCCCUGCUGGUGCUCGCCGAGUGCCACCGCCUGGCUCCGCACGACACCUGCGUGUGCCUGCAAGCUGCGCAGUUGUGUUACGAGCACCUCCAGAUCUACCAGCAGGGGUUGGAGUGGUCGGAGCGGGCCGUGGAGUGCACGGGGUCUCAGCACCAUCUGUCCAGGGCUCACAUGGCCCUGGGGACCGGUCUGUGCCUGGUGGCCAAGGACUCCAAGCUGCUGCAAGACAGAGAGGAGCUCAACGAGAGAGCUCUGAAGGCUUUUAAAGAAGCACACAGGUUGGAUCCCAAUGACUACUUAGCUGCAUUCCAUUUGGCUUUACAGUUUGCAAAUCUCAGGAAGAUCAGCGAGGCAGUCACAUACACCAAGCUCUCGCUGAAGCUCAGGAGUGACUUCAUUCACUCGCUUCACUUGAUGACCCUGCUGUUGUCGGCUCGCAAACAACACGAGGAGGCCAUGACCUUGAUUCGAGCUGCCUUGGAAGAGUACCCAGAUAACUUGAGUUUACUGAUGACCAAAGCGAAGCUGCAGAAGAUAGUGCUAGGUCCUGAGGAGGCUCUAGCCACCUACCAGAAAAUGCUGAAGCUGUGGAAGGAUCUCCAUGAGAUGGACGUUGCUGACGACUGCUCCGACAGCAAGUCCCGGGCCAGAGACAGAUGUACAUGGGAUAAAAGGAGCUUGGCACAGAUGACUCUGCAUGAAUUCAGCGAAAGGGGCUCUGGGUCUAUCCGGGCCGAGUCUGUGGCAGCCUCACGUGUGGAGAAAGCUCUGUCUGACCUGGCCUCCUCCAUGAACAGCAGCUUCCAGCCCCGGGCCGGGCCUCAGAGGUCGUGGGUCAUACAGGCACAGAUCUGGCUUAACCUGGCGGAGCUAUACCUCAGUCUGAAUCAAGUGAAUGAAGCCCAGAGCUGUGUGCAAGAGACAUUCCAGUUGUUUCCACACUCUGUCUAUGUUUUCUUUAUGAGAGGACUUGUUCUGGAGCACCGAGGUUGUCUCAACGAUGCCAGAGUCUGCUAUGAAAAUGCCAUUUCUGUUAACCCUGCUCAUACCAAGUCACUGUAUCACUUGGGUAUUGUUCUUCACAAAAUGAACGACAAUCGACUUGCUGAGAAGAUCUUGCGCGACGCUGUCAAUCUUGACCCUUGCUUCCAUAAAGCAUGGUUCAUGCUGGGCACAGUGCUGGAGUCUCUAGGUCAACCCGAGGAUGCCAGCAACUGUCACAUGACGGGCAACAUGCUGGAGGCCACCUGCCCCGUGGCCCCGUUCAACGUCAUUCAGAGGACUCUCACCUGAGGGACAACAUUUUCAGUGCACGUGUUCGAGGAUUUUCUCAAAGGGCAUCGGGUUGGCUGGAGUGCUGUGACACUGCUUGACUGCAACAUUUUGGUAAAAGUGAAGUGAUAGGGCUCAUAUGACCUUAUGCAGCUGCGAGCGCUGUAAAACCUCUACUAAAACAAACAAAAGUGGAGUGUAGACUUCCCUUUUGUUACUGCUUGACCUUGUGUGCACUGUUUUGGGUCAUCAUGGGGGUGGGGUGGGGGGGGUGUCACGUUUGGGUUGUUCUUAUGUCUUGCUGGAACAGGAAACAGCAGGCUGUGAUUGUCACAAUGUGCACGAACGUGGGGGAGGUUAUACUUUACUUUAACCCAAAAUUUAUGUAGAGAAUUGCAGCACACCCUCAGUAUAAGAUCCCCUCUUCAAACCAGACUUUGCACGUGUUGAAGCUGAGAGAUUUCAGUAUAGCAUUCCUUGGGUAGACCUGACAACUUAUCUAUUGCACCGUUGCUAUUUGAGGGAAGCUUUGCUGGGAGUUGGGGAUGUUGUUACAUGUAUGUUGUAGCCGAGUGCUUGUAGAGUCCAAGUGUUUUUUUUACAGAGGUUUUUCCAGAUUAGUUCUCCAUGGAGUUUUGUUGGCUGUCAAAUAUUGUCUGGUUCUUGGCCUAUGACGUGGUCAUUUUGUCUACACACCAUGUGAGAAAGGUGUCUAUUGUCAUAAUUCAUAGUCACUAAUGCCCCUGUUAGUUUUGUUUUGUCUGCUCUGGACGUUCAACGAUGGGGAAAUAUAAGAUGGGUCACUACAGCUUUAAGUUAUGUUGUCCUUUGUAGAUUUGUAGAUAAGCAACAGUUUUGAGGAUGGCAUGAAACACAUUUACACGAAAUUUAUUAUUAUCUCAUAUUGCGUAUUUCCACUAAGAAAGGGCUCAAUGGUCUUUACAAUAAUACAAAGAAUACAAGCACCAUACGGUUUUAAUAGUGAUCAUUUCUCUCUGUCUCUCUCCCUCUCCCUUUCCUUUCUCUCUGUCUGUUUGUCUCUACCUUUCCCACAAAAAAAUU